AUGGGGUCAACCACGCAUAAUGCAAUGGACACUCCCCCUGCAGUUUGUGUUCAUUUGAAUAAAACCCAGCGCUACAAUGCCAUCUUCUGGAAGCCAAACCAUUCAGACGCCGUCCUUUCCACCUUAAUGCUUCAAAUAAUCUUGUCUGUCGUCGUUACUCGGACUCUCCAUGUUAUUCUCAGACCAUUAAAGCAAUCUAAAAUUGUGUGUAGUAUCUUGGUAAGUUUCUAUUUUCCUGAUGCUGUUUGUUCUGCUUUAUCCUUAACAUACACAGUCAUGGAAAGUCUCAUCCUUUGUUUCGUUGUUUUACAGGCCGGAGUGAUCCUCGGACCUUCGGUUCUCGGACGGAACAAAGCAUACAGUGAUAAAAUGUUUGGAUCGAAAGAGCUGCUGCUGUUUUACACCGUGUCAACCCUGGCAGCAUACUUGUAUGUCUUCGUCGCAUGUAUCAAAAUGGAUGUAGCAAUGAUAAACAGAGCAGCCCCACAUACUCGGAAACUCUCCCUGUUUUGUCUAAUUCUUCCUUUUACAUUCGUUGUGUUAUUAACGAAUGGGAUAGGAAAAUUUAUGCCCGGAAGAGGUGCCGGUAAUGGCUUGCCGAUCCAUUUCUGUUUCGUUUAUUCGAUAAGUUACUUCAUUGUUGUUACUCAAGCCCUGGACGAACUCAAUCUCUUAAGUUCCGAGUUAGGACAACUGUCUUCAUCUAUCACGAUGAUCAACGAAUUCGUCUCCGGCGUCUUUAUAAUUAUCGGAGUUGCUACGGAGCAGAAAGGAACGAGAAAUGCGAUUUAUUGUGCCCUUUCUUUUUGUUCAUUAAUUCCAGUUGCGGUCUUUUUUGUACGACCGAUAUUUCGUCGGAUUAUCAACAGAACGCCGAAAGGGAAACCAGUGGAGGAACGUUAUGUUAUAGCCGUAAUACUUAUGACAUUCAUCAUGGGAUUCAUCACCGACUUUAUAGGAGCAUCCUGUGGUACUGCAUUUAUGAUCAUGGGAUUCACAGUACCGGACGGACCACCUCUAGGAAUGGCGAUUGUACGGAAAUGCGAACUGAUUGUCUUCGAUGUUUUACUGCCAUUGUUCUUCUUUCGAAUUGGUUAUCACACUGAUUUGUCAGCGAUACGAAAUUGGAAGGAGUUAGUGAUCUUUGGAUCACUAGUUGUGGUGGAGUACUUGGGAAGGCUAAUAGCAUGUCUCUUGUUUUCCUCCUCUUUGAAGAUGAAGGAACGUAAAGCUGUCUUGCUUAGCCUUAUUUUAAGUUUACAGGGCGUUGUUCAACUAUUUCAAUCCAUUCGCUGGCAACAACAAAAGCUCAUAGAUGACCAGACAUAUACAACAAUUGUGAUGGGCAUCGUUGUCGUGAAUGCCAUUAUAACCCCGUUAAUAGAGGUUUUUUUACAAGCCAGUGGUCCAAGAUUUCGAUUCGUCUAG